AUGGGGGAGGUUUUGCCGAAAGAAACGGAAGAGGCAGCCAAGGAAGAGGACGCUGCCCUGAUUGAAUUCUACAGCUCCUUCAGGGACCUCUUUGAGUUCUUCUGCUUAAACACCACAAUCCAUGGCACCAUUCGCUUGGUCUGCUCGGGCGGUAAUAGGAUGAAAACAGCCUUCUGGGCGCUGCUCUUCCUAUCCAGCUUUGCUAUGCUCUACUGGCAGUUUGCACUCAUCUUCAACCAGUACUGGGCCUACCCAGUUGUCAUGUCAAUGUCAGUUCACUCAGAACCGAAGAUGUUCCCAGCCAUCACUCUUUGCAGUUUGAAUCCUUACAGGAUCAGCCCAGUCAAUCAAGAUAUCGCUAAACUGGAUAAUCUGGCGAGGGAAACCUUAUUCAAUUUAUAUGGCUUCCGCAUUCCUAAGAACACUAAGGAAGACGUCGGCAUUGACUUUUCGGAAGAGAAUCCUGGCCAGGUCAAUGGCUCCACGUUUCAUCUGGAUCGUAACAUCGCCCUAUUGAAGAUGGACGGCAAAGUGGGGUUCCGGCUGGUAAGUGGAACAGCUCCUCUCCCCACCCUCAAUUGCCUAUCCCUCAUUCUCAAAGUGGAGCAAAAAGACCACAUCCCUCUGCUGUCCACCACGGCGGGCGUGAGAGUCAUGAUUCACCGCCACAACCAAACUCCCUUUUUAGAGCACGAAGGUUUUGACAUCAGGCCGGGAACUAAAAGUACCAUUGGAAUCAAACAGGCCUGUCUGCAUUCCUGCUUCCAGCAUCAUAUGGUUAAGAACUGUGGCUGUGGAUAUUAUUUUUACCCCUUACCUUCAGGAGCCGAGUAUUGCAACUACAAUAAACAUCCCGCCUGGGGUCACUGCUUCUAUCUGCUGUACAAAGAGCUCACCGACCACCAGUUAAUCUGCUUUAGGCAGUGCCCCAAGCUGUGCAAGGAAACUUGGUAUAAGCUCUCCGCGGGAUAUGCUAACUGGCCAUCAACUAAAUCCGAGAAAUGGAUUCACAGAGCCCUGCAGGCAGACCGCAGGCACAACAUUACCACAAUGAACCGCAAGGAUAUUGCCAAGGUGAAUAUUUUCUAUGAGCAAUUAGAUUACUACUCUUGGGAUGAGUCUCCAGAAUAUAACGUGACUCUGGUGAUGUCCAACAUGGGAAGCCAGUGGAGUCUUUGGUUUGGAUCGUCUGUCCUCUCGGUGGUCGAGAUGUUUGAGUUCCUCGUGGACGUCACCAUCUUAUCUCUCAUCUUCUUCUAUCGGCGGCUGACGGCCAAGAGGAGGCACAAGAUGUCAAGGCCCCCUAAGGUGCCAAGUGUGAGUUUGACCUUGGAGAAAUACCGCUACAUCGAAGAAGGUCUGGCCAUGGACCAAGAUGCAGAGAAGUCUCAGGCCAGCUAUGAGAACCCAUCCUUCAUUCCCGACGAGGGACUCCCUCCGUAUUCCAAACACAACAAGUAUCAGAUGCCGGAGCUAUAUCCUCCUGUGGUUCUUCACCGAUUCAAGCACCAAGAAGAUCAAGGGACACACCAAGAUCCUCCCAAGAGUUAA